AUGCCGCCCAGCAAUGAUGACUUGCGCAGCUGGGCGGCGCUGGACGGCAAGCGGCUGAUGAACGUCCUAUCGUAUCGCGCCACGUUGGCAGAACUGCUGGCCGUGGUGAAAGCACACAGAGAGAAUGGGGAGGAGAUGAGAGGGAGUGUGGGAGGGGAUAGAGGGGAGGGGGAAGAGGAGAGAGCAAGGGAGGGCAAAGUGGGGGAGGGUGGAAGGGGAGAAUAUAGAGAGCAGGAGGGAAGUCUUUCUGCUAAGAGAGUGAAGGGACAACAGGAUGGGAAAGCAAGCACCGGUUUGUCCCCUGUACACAUCUGCACCGCAUUCCACCGCAUUACGAAGCACGCCAAGCGCAUGGGCGGCGGGCGGCGUCUCGUGGACCAGCUGAAAGAGGACGAAACGGUCCGGUGGCUCGGGCAGCAGGUGGAGGCGCUGGCAACGGGCGGCAGACUCAAGGGCCAGGCCUUGGCCAACGUGGCAUGGGCACAGGCUGAGCUUGGGCACGGCCCACCGUCCCUGCUAAACACCGUCAUGGCCGCAUCUCUCGCUCAGAUCAAAUCAUUCCAGCCUCUGGAGGUGGCAAUACUGAUGCAUGCACUAGGUUCCACCGCCGGCCUGCCAGCUGUCAACGCCAGCCUGUCGCGGGACCUGCUCGGGCGGCUGACGUGGGAGCACGUGAUUGGCUCGCUGCACUGCUACCAGCCACGCCACGUCAAGGAGAUCCUAUGGGCCCACUCGCGGGUGGGGCUGCACUCGCACCUGCUGUUCCGCGAGGCGGCGAAGCUUGUCCUUUCUGACAUGGGCAGCUACAGUGCACCGCAGCUCGCCAUCAUUGCAUGGUCAUUCGCCAAGCUCCACCACUCAGACGACUCUCUCUUCCGCGCCCUGGCUGUGUGGGGUGAGAGCAACGGCCCUGCGUUUGCAUCGCAAGACGUUUCCAACAUGCUCUGGGCGUUUGCUCGCCUCAACAUGAGCGCUCCGAACCUGUUUGCACUCUUUGUGCCGCGGGUUAUCGACUCGAUACAAGAACACUCCACACAGUCACUCUCCAACAUCGCAUGGGCAUACGCCACAGCAGGGCACCGCAGCCAGCAGCUGCUGGAGGCAGUGGGGGAGGAGAGCACGCGGCGAAUCGUGGAGGGGAAACUGGAGAGGGAGGCGGCAUCUGGGCAGGCUGUUGCCAACAUCGCAUGGGCAUUAGCAACGCAGAGUCACUACGACGUUCCCUUUUUCUCCGCUGCUGCCGCCCACGCCACCCGCUACAUGCCAAGAUACGCCGGCCGCACCAUCGCCUGCCUGGCGUUCGCCUUUGCUCUGAUUGGCCACACCGCCCCUCCUCUCUUCUUGCGCGUUGAAUCUGAGAUCAUCCGUCGUCUGGCAGUGCGAGCAGGCGAGCACGAGUUUGGGCGCCAAGCACUGAUCAUCCGUCGUCUAUCACUGCGGUCAGGCGAGCAGGAGUUUGGGCGACAAGCACUGGUCAUGCUCGCAUGGGCUCUCAUGGUGCAUGGCCAAACCGACACUCCCGCUGGUGCCUCUGCUUCUCCCACCACCAUCACCACCACCACCAACUCCCCAUCCUCUCUCCCCUCCUCCCCGGCCUCCUCCCUCUCCUCCUCCCUCUCCUCCUCGCUCUCCUCCUCCCUCUCCUCCUCCUCGGCCUCUCUCAGCCCAGCUCUCCCCAUCCUGCGGCACCACCUGCUCUCCCUCACCAGCGACCUCACCUCUAAUGAGCUCUCCACCCAGGUGGAAGCACCGGAGCACAACACUCGCCUGGCGGAGGGCGGCAUGGGAAUGAUGUGGGAUGCUGCUGGGGCGAUGGCGCUCCCUCCCCCUCCCAUCCUGCGUGUGCCUCCCUCUCAAAUCCCCUCACAGGUCGACCUAGCCACCCAGGUGGAAGCACCGGAGCACAACACUCGCCUGGCGGAGGGCGGCAUGGGAAUGAUGUGGGAUGCUGCUGGGGCGAUGGCGCUCCCUCCCCCUCCCAUCCUGCGUGUGCCUCCCUCUCAAAUCCCCUCACAGCUGGAAGCACCGGAGCACAACACUCGCCUGGCGGAGGGCGGCAUGGGAAUGAUGUGGGAUGCUGCUCGGGCGAUGGCGCUCCCUCCCCCUCCCAUCCUGCGUGUGCCUCCCUCUCAAAUCCCCUCACAGGUCGAUCUGGCCACGCAGGUGGAAGCACCGGAGCACAACACUCGCCUGGCGGAGGGCGGCAUGGGAAUGAUGUGGGAUGCUGCUCGGGCGAUGGCGCUCCCUCCCCAUCCCAUCCUGCGUGUGCCUCCCUCUCAAAUCCCCUCACAGGUCGAUGUCUGGCCACGCAGCUGGAAGCACCGGAGCACAACACUCGCCUGGCUGAAGCCGGGAUGGGAGCCCUGA